CACGAGCAGCAGCAGAGCGUCAGAGCUCGAUGUGAAUCACUUGUUUGACAAGUAAAACGCAUGAAACGACAACACUACGGAACACGGAAGCCCUGGGGAAAAGCUGUCCAUCAUGUCAGGAACCUAUGUGCUCUACUCAAGACUCUUGUUUGUCUUUGCGCUGGUCUGUGCAGCCGUCAUCCCGUUCACCCUGUGUUCAGAUGCUGCAAGAGCCAGUUCCAUAACAACCCAAGUGGACAAUGGAGUGAGGCACACUGUCCUGAGACGACCGUAUACUCCACACAGACAACACCAGCCCUUCUCUACAGGCCUGCCAUCGCUCCAAACUGGAGCUAACAGUGAAACUGAGAAGAGUGGGAAUUACAGAAAAGCAUUGUCAACCAUUCACCAUCAUUUAAAUCCGUUACGGUUAACUAAAGGUAGCUUUAGUUCCAAUAACAACAGUCCAGAUAACAGACCGUCCCGAGCAGGAACAACUAGUGUGCAGAGCGGAACGAGCCCAGCAAGCGGCUACCGCCUUCUCUCUUAUAAUUCACACCCAGUUAUCAUUAAAAAAUCAUCUUACAAGGAGGCUGCCAGUCCCUUUCAUCCUUCAGAAGUUCGCAACGCCAAGGAAGCUCAGAAAACCUCCAUCAAAGAAAGAGUUCCCAGAAAUGACUUUGCUUCUCUUUUUUUGUCUCAGACUGGUAGAUAUCGGAGUACUUCACUGCCAACUUCAAGAGGGCUUUAUAGUGGCUAUAAAGAGACAAAAGAGCUCAUGUCGGCUGGGACACGGAGUAAAUCUAGUGGGAUUCAAUCAAGCAAAUCUUUCGGCCCAGCAAGUCAAACUGCCCCUCAUGCCCGAUCAAUCAGCAGCAGCUCAGACGCCUCUGUUAUUAAAAGCGUCCCAAGCCGAGAAAAACUGACACCAUCCAUCACAGAUUUCUCUCUGGGGCUGCACUCGGUGUCUGGCAGCGAGACACCGCUACACAAAAAUACCCGGUCAUAUUGGUUCAAGGACUCCCAAACUGCUUUUGGUGGACGUGAGACGGUUCAAACAGUCACUGACGAGGCACCCAGUGCUUUACCCAUGACGUCACAUAAGCGAAGGGCCUCUGAAUUCAUAAGCGGGUUUUCUUCAAAUGGUAAACCAUUCCAACAAUCGCAAAGAAAAGACCCAACCAAGGAAUUGCAACAGCGCUCUGAUGAUGCCAAUCCACUGCAUCAUAAUGCCAAUGUGACCUAUUAUGGUGCUUGGAGAGAUGGUUUCACUAAGUAUCAACCCGCAGCUCAGAUCUAUGCUCCAUGGACAGACGCCUUCGUGGGACGUUUCGUCCCUGUACCUCACGCAGACGUCCCGGGUAACUCUGCUGCUGGCAGCAUUACAUCUGUAGUUCGUAGCUUCAGUAAUGCAACCACAAGAAGAUCAACGCAUGCUUCCACACCUGGACAUGUCCAAGACUAUGUCUUCAGAGGCUUUGAUGAUCCUAAAUGGAGAGCGAUGAAGGAGGUGCCUAUUCUCUCUGCCAGUGGCUCCAAUAAAAGGACCAACUCUAGAGGAUACAGCUUCGACAAAGGAAAGGGCUUUAAAAGCACAAACAUGAACCCUCCUUUGUCACCAAAGUACAGCUUCGGCCAGAGAAGUGCAUCUGCUACGGUGGCAAAACCAGAGGGCGCACUUGAAGACGACGCUUCACCUUCUCCUGGCACACGUCAGGAUUUCACGUCAGGAUUUAAGGAAGCCCGGCCGGGGCUACCUCCAAGUGAUGCCGGUGUGGACAGCGACUCACAUCACGGACAGUUCAGAACCAACAAAAGAAUAGAUGGUCUCAAAGUAGUUGGCACUCAAUCACUCGAGGGAGACACAACUUUAGUCGGUGAGCCGGAUGAGUCGGCCAGAGUCCAGCGGGGUUUUGAACUCCCCAGCUCACAGAUGUGGGAACCAAACAGCAGCCAUGUAAACCCGAUGAGCCCAACUGAGCCAAGCAGUGAAGACCAUACACCACUUAUAAGACCCUCCUUAGCUUAUUUUAGAUCGCCAGCGAUACUCGACAUUGAAACCAGACCAAAAUCUGAGUCCAAGCUUCCCGCAACGAAGGCGCACCUGCACACCAGCAGCACCGUGAGAGGCAAACGUGUGAGAGGAGGAGCAAAGAAGCUCAAUGAAUCCACUGCCUUCAAUUACACUGGAUAUGAAGCCAUCAUCUGGCGGCCCGCCAGGUUCCGAGCUGUCAACUACGCUGACAUUGCAAGCGCCUCGUUAAGUGAUGUCACAGCUACAACACAGGCCCCGAUCACACCGGCCGAUAAGGAUGACUUCCCAACCACCUCUGCUGCGCCCAAGCAAAAAGAAGGAGCGGUUUACGGGGCCGUGAACUCUGAGGAGGCCGUGCGGAGUGGAGACGACGCCGACAGAGGUCCUGAAGGAGCUGGGCAAAACAAGCUGGCUGUUGGAGGCAAAGACGUUGACAAUGACAUGAAAACGUCAGAUUUAUUCCUGGAUGAUGAAGGCAGCGUAAGCGGGGAUUUUGAUGCACCGGAUGUUUUUACAACCGCUCCCACAGAGAGUGAGAGUCGGGAGCUGGAGUAUCUACGAAUAUCACCCGGGAACUUCUCCUUCAAGUCAAUGAAUCUGUCCCGCACAGAGACAUGA